AUGGACCCUGAUAGCUCCGAUUUCAGCCCAGAUGCAGUGUACAAGUCCAACGUCGUUCUUCUGGCUUCCGUCGGUGGACAGGAUCUUUUAUUUACUUUCCUUCUUGCGUGGCUCAUCUAUGCAUAUGUCCUUGCCGUGCGAUGUCUGAUCAGAAAGAACGGUCUCGGAUCGUGGAGGACCAGGUUUUAUCUCGUGGCCAUUACCACCAUGUUGGGUUGCACACUGGUGUACUACAUCCUCCAACUCCUGUGGACAAGAAAUCUGGUCCAUCUUCUUCUGGGAGCUGAAGGGGCCUCAUCAUACAUGCCUCCGUCAAACGCCAUGUUCGCAGCCAAUAUCGUUCUCGGGGACAUCAUUCUACUUGAGCGCACAAUCACUGUUUGGGGGUGGCACAGACCGGUGGUCUACGGUUCCGUCAUCUUGCUGAUUGCCACUACUGGAGCGUGGAUCGUGGAUGCCUUCACAGGAGACGACCAGUGGCCGACAGUCUUUUCGUUUCUGACCGUUGCAUGGACCACGGGUCUUAUCGCAUUCAAGCACUGGCGACAUCGUCGGAUCCUGCAUCGACACAACGCCGCGCCGCGAUAUGUCGCACUUCAAGGCGUAUACAUAGUGUUCGUGGACUCUGGCCUCCUGUAUAUGCUCGUCUGGCUGACAUACGGCAUCUUGUGCUGGCUCGACGCAUACUCCGUCACCAAUAUGAGCCGGACUGCCCUAGACUUCAUCUAUAUCGUGUUGCUCGUUCUUGUGGCCUUCUAUCCCAUGGUAGUCGUCAUACUCGUCACUCGUUACAAGAUUGCACCUCACGACGAGAAGCUUUCGAGCAUUCAGUCGUGCACGGUUGGAGAUGUCGAUUCUUCGACACUGGAACCGCUUGUGGGGGAAGCCGAGCCCAAGGCGAAUACAGAUGUGGUGGACGUCGCAUAA